AAGCAUUCAACAAAAGCAAGACUUGGGAAAAGUAGACUCUGAGUCUGACAGAGAGAGAAUGGGGAGUUACAGCGUGUGUAUCUGCUUCAAGCGGAAGUUCAGAUUGACGGAGGCGGAGCCGCCGACCGACGUCAAGGAGGCGUUCAGGAGGUACACGGAAGGUGGGACUCACAUGACGGCGGAGCAGCUGCUGCGGUUCUUGGUGGAGGGCCAAAACGACGUCGCUGCCACCAUCUCUGAUGCUGAGCGGAUCCUGGAGCUGGUUCUCCACAGGAGGCAUCAUGUUACCAAGUUCGCCAGGACCACUCUCACCCUUGAUGAUUUUCACCAUUUUCUGUUUUCAACUGAUCUCAAUGGCCCCAUUGGGUCUCAGGUCCAUCAAGACAUGAGUGCUCCUCUCUCCCACUAUUUUAUAUAUACAGGCCACAAUUCGUACCUAACUGGAAACCAACUCAACAGCAAUUGCAGCGAUGUCCCGAUCGUGAAGGCGUUGAAGAGAGGUGUGCGAAUGGUAGAGCUUGAUUUAUGGCCAGGUUCCACCAAAGAAAAUGUUCAUGUUCUUCAUGGAAGGACCCUGACAACCCCUGUGGAGCUGAUUAAAUGUUUGAAAUCCAUUAAAGAGCAUGCCUUUUCUGCUUCUCCCUAUCCGGUCAUAAUAACUCUUGAAGACCACCUCACCCCUGACCUCCAAGCUAAAGCAGCGCAGAUGAUUUCUCAAACAUUUGGGGAUAUGCUGUUUUACCCCAAAUCAGAAUCCUUACCAGAAUUCCCUUCCCCUGAAGAACUGAAGUAUCGGGUCAUAAUUUCAACCAAACCCCCAAAAGAGUAUCUUGAAGCUAAAAGCUCUGAGGAUAAGGUAAACAACUCUCAGAAAGGAAAGGACUCUGAUGAAGAUGUAUCGGUGAAGGUGCCACCAGACGUUACAGUUGACCAUGAAAGCAAUGAUAAGAGUGAUAGCGGAAGGAGCGAAGGCAGCAGUGAGAACGAUGAAUCAAAUGAUGAAUGUGAUCGCCCGUUAGAGGCACCUGCAUACAAGCAUCUGAUUGCUAUUCAUGCUGCAAAGCCGAGUGGUGGAUUGAAGGCUUCGCUAAAAGUUGAACCUAACAAAGUUAGUCGACUUAGUUUGAAUGAACAAGCGUUUGGAAAGGCUAUUGCAUAUCAUAGAAGAGAUGUAGUUAGAUUCACCCAGAAGAAUCUUCUGAGGGUAUACCCUAAGGCUACUCGGUUUAACUCCUCGAAUUACAAGCCAUUGAUUGGUUGGAUGCAUGGAGUUCAACUGCUUGCAUUUAAUAUGCAGGGACAUGGCAGAUCUCUUUGGUUAAUGCACGGGAUGUUCAGAGCCAAUGGGGGGUGCGGUUAUGUGAAAAAACCCGAUUUUCUAUUGAAUGUAAGUCCACACAAUCAAGUGUUUGAUCCUAAAGCAAAACUGCCAGUGAAGAAAACUUUGAAGGUGAGAGUAUACUUGGGAGAUGGAUGGCAUUUUGAUUUUAAGAAAACACACUUUGAUUUCUACUCCCCACCAGACUUCUACACCCGGGUUGGCAUAGCAGGAGCAGCAGCGGACAAGACGAUGAAGGAGACUAAGAAAAAACAAAACAAUUGGAAACCCGUUUGGAACGAAGAAUUUACAUUUCCAUUGACAGUUCCAGAGCUGGCAUUGCUUAGAAUUGAAGUGUAUGAAUACAAUAUGCCUGAGAAGGAUAUGUUUGCCGGCCAAACAUGCUUGCCCGUCUGGGAACUGAGACAAGGGAUCCGAGCAGUCCCCCUCUUUAACCGCAAAGGAGAAAUAUACAGCUCCGUAAGGCUUCUCAUGAGCUUUCAGUUUGUAUGAGCUUCUGGGUUUUUUUGGUCACAUUCCCUUUCCAUGUAUUAGUCUUUUUUAUUCUAUUUGCCCCAUUAUUAUUACUGCCACGUAUAGUUAGUUUGACAUUGAUUUAUCCCGGGAGCUCAAGUUUUGGAUAUGAUAGUAAUUUAACAUGAUAUGAGAGCUUUAAAUGCUAAAGAUAUGUUCACUUU